AACUACUACCUAGCCUAAAACACACUGUUCCCAUCAGCCAACUUUAUCUCGAGAGAGAGAGAGAGAAUUAAGAUGGAUUCAGAGGGUGCAAUUAACAACAACAACAACAAUAAUAAGGUGCCGAGAUGGACGCCGAGUCCGACGAGAUCGCCUCCGCAAAAGUCCUCCGACGAGGACCGAGAAGCUGUGGCACUCGCAACGUUUCCCUUCUCCGAUCAUCAGGAACCAACUCUGUCGACGGAAAUGGAAGCUGUGGUACUGGCCCGGAAGGAAGAUCAUCACCAUCAUCAUGACUACAUCAACAAUGAUUACGCUGAUCCUGACGACGAUGAUCAGCUGGGGGCGGAGGAGGACGGCGGCGUUACCGUGACGUGGAAGGAUCUGUGCGUUACAGUUGGCGGCGGUCAGCUGACGAUCCUGGAAGGGCUGACGGGAUACGCGGAGCCCGGGGAGGUGCUUGCUAUCAUGGGUCCUUCUGGAUGCGGCAAGUCCACCCUUCUUGACGCUUUGGCAGGAAGGUUGAGUUCAACGGCGCAGCAACGUGGAGACAUCCUAAUCAACGGUCGGAAAGAGAGGCUUGCCUAUGGGACCUCGGCUUACGUGACACAAGACGACACUCUAAUGACGACUCUAACAGUGAAAGAGGCAGUGUACUACUCAGCACAACUCCAGCUGCCAGAUUCCAUGUCGAUCGCGGAGAAAAAGAAGCGAGCAGAGAUGGUCAUCAAGGAAAUGGGCCUCCAGGAUUCGGUGAACACUAGAAUCGGCGGGUGGGCCGUGAAGGGCCUGAGCGGCGGGCAGAAGAGGAGAGUCAGCAUAUGCAUCGAAGUGCUGAGAAAGCCCAAGUUGUUGUUCAUGGACGAGCCCACCAGCGGGCUGGAUAGUGCGGCCUCUUACCACGUCAUGAGCAGGAUUCUGAAGCUGGCUCGAAACGACGGGAUCACCGUCGUUGCAUCAGUUCAUCAGCCUAGCAGUGAGGUUUUUGAGCUCUUUCGCAACCUAUGCCUUCUGUCUUCUGGAAGGACGGUCUACUUUGGUCCUAUUGCUUCGGCUGAACAGUUUUUCACUUCAAAUGGUUUCCCCUGUCCAACUCUGAGAAACCCUUCUGAUCAUUAUCUUCGAACCAUCAACAAGGACUUCGAUCAGGAAGACAUUGAACAAGGGCGCGGUGGUUCAGUGACAACAGAGGAAGCCAUUAACAUUCUUGUUUCUUCAUACAAAUCAUCGGCGAUUAGACAGGAAACUGAACAACAUGUUAAUCGCUUAUGCCAGCAGAAGAAAGGAAGAAGCUUGGGGAAGAAAGGAGGGCAGGCAAACUUCUUCACUCAAUGCACUGUUCUUACCCGGAGAUCCUUUGUGAACAUGUAUCGUGACCUUGGCUAUUAUUGGCUUCGUCUUGCAAUCUAUAUUGCACUAUGCUUAUGCGUUGGAACUAUAUUCUAUGAUGUUGGCUUUAGCUUUGGCUCAAUUCAGGCUCGAGGUGCAAUGCUCAUGUUCGUCGCAGCAUUCUUGACUUUCAUGGCGAUUGGUGGAUUCCCUUCUUUCGUUGAGGAUAUGAAGAUAUUUGGGCGAGAGAGGCUAAAUGGGCAUUAUGGAGUUGGAGCAUUCGUGGUUGGGAACACAUUAUCCUCCAUUCCAUACCUCUUCCUAAUAUCACUAAUCCCAGGAGCCAUAGCUUACUAUCUCGUGGGACUUCAGAAAAGCAUCGAACACUUCACAUUCUUUGCACUUUUGCUAUUCGUCACAAUGAUGCUGGUGGAGAGCCUCAUGAUGAUGGUGGCGAGCAUCGUGCCUGAUUUCUUGAUGGGGAUCAUAACAGGAGCUGGAAUUCAAGGUGUGAUGAUGUUGAAUGGAGGUUUCUUCAGGCUACCCAAUGACCUCCCUAAUCCCUUUUGGAGGUACCCAAUGUACUACAUCGCAUUUCACAAGUAUGCGAAUCAAGGAUUCUACAAGAACGAGUUUGAAGGGUUAACAUUCCCCAAUCCUCAACAAGGAGCUAAUUCUUCCAUCUCAGGUGAUGAAAUUUUGAAGAGUGUUUGGCAAGUAGAGACGGGGUACUCUAAGUGGGUUGAUAUCGCUAUAUUGUUUGGGAUGGUAGUUGUUUAUCGGCUCAUGUUUUUUGGGAUUGUGAAGCUUGUUGAGAAGAUUAAACCAAUCUUGAAAAAAAGAGUCGGGUCAUCCAAGCAAACUAGCCCUAUUGUAGAUAUAUGACUUUAUAUUUAAAGUCAAUGGCUAUUUAUUGCCUUUUUAUGUGCCAUUUGCAUUUUCAUCUUUAUGUUGUAUAACAAUGUCGACAAUUACUCUCCUAUAAUUAGAGAAUAAUUUUUUUAUGGGCAUGAAGUUGCUUGGCUAGUCUUUUCUCCUCUAGUUCAACAUAUACAUGUGAAGUUUGUUCAAGGGAGCAUAUCCAUGUAUGUUGAUCAAUAUAAUGAUUGUCAAUAC